CCACGUCCGCCGAGCAGCGGUAUUGUGCGCCGCUGCUGCACAGCUCACUAGGAAAAAGGCACUCUGCACAUGCUCAGGAACGCAGGCGUUCGCGGCUGCUUCACCGAAUAAGGUUCAGAACGCGCUGGGCGGCGAUUCAGCAGCAGGCAGCCGAGUUCCCCAAAGGCGGAGGGGAGGAAAGGAGCAGGGGAAGCCGACGGCUGCGAGCGAAAGCGCGCCUUCGUUUCGCUCCUCGGCCCGUCGAGGGCGGAGCAGCGGAGACAGCGACCCGGACGCCCCCAAAGGCCAAGGGGGGGGGGACCUUUGGCCCGGAGGGAGGAGCCGCCAGCGCCUGCCGCUCCCAUCCAGCCCAGCCCUCCGGCCCUUUCGCCGCGGCAGCCGGCAACAUGGACGGCGCGGCGGAUGGUAGCGCGGAAACGUCUCCCUCCACCGCGGACGCCUGCGAAGAAUUCCGCGCUGCCUUGACCAUGACCAAAGGACUCUCCAUCUUUCUCGACGUCCUGAGAAGAGCAGAUAAAAAUGAUGAUGGCAAACUAUCCUUUGAUGAAUUCAAAGCUUAUUUCGCUGACGGAAUCCUGAGCAGAGAGGAACUGCACGAGUUGUUUCACACCAUCGACACGCACAAUACAGACAACCUUGACACAGAAGAACUUUUUGAAUAUUUUUCCCAACACUUGGGAGAGUAUGAAAAUGUGCUGUCUGCUUUGGAAGACCUCAAUCUAUCCAUACUGAAGGCAAUGGACUCCACAAAGAAAAAUUAUCAGGAGGCUUCCAAGUUGGAACAGUUUGUGACUCGCUUUUUGCUGAAAGAAACAGUGAAUCAGCUACAGUCGCUCCACAAUUCCCUGGAGUGUGCCAUGGAAACCACAGAGGAACAAACCCGUCAAGAUAAACAAAGGCCAGCAAAGCCAGAGGUGCUUGCAGUUAAGCAGCUGGGAAGACGUUCAAGUCGAAGACUCCAAAGGAACAGCAGUUUUUCUCCAGUCAGCCCUCUUUUUAACCAAGGCUGGCUGGAGGAAGACAACCAGUGGAUGACCCAAAUAAACAGACUCCAGAAACUGAUUGACAGGCUAGAGCAGAAGGAUCUAAAGCUUGAGCCACUGGAAGAAGAGGUAUCUGAAGAAAACACUAAAUCUCACAUAAUGAUAGUUCAACGUCAGAUGUCAGUAAUAGAAGAAGAACUGGAGCAAUUCCGGUUUGCUCUGAAGCAGUAUGUGGACACGGCCUCUUCUCAGGACGGAUGCCUGCAUGUUUCUAUUCAGAGGUUUUCUGGUGAAUCUCGCUUCAUCGUUUAUGAAUUCUGGGAGAACAGUGCCUGGAACAGCCACCUGCAGAUGAACUACAGCAAGACAUUUCAAAGAAGUAAUGUGGAUUGCCUGGAAACUCCAGAACAUAUUACAACUAUGCUAGUGCCUGCUUCCUGGUGGAUCCUCAACAACAACUAGAAGCUUCGCUAUAAUUCCUAUUAAUGACAUAUGUUCUGCAUUACUUUAAAAAAUAUAUAUUAUAAAGCCUCUAAAAUUAGCAGAUAACAUUCCUUCCAUUUUUAAAAAGGGCCACAUUGUACAAGUUAUUUGUUGCUACUUUAUGGAAUUAUAUAAUGGUAUUUAUUGAUCUUAA